GAAUCCCCAUAUCAUCAUCAGUUAAAACACAGAAAAAGGCAGAAGUGGAGCGACGCAUGGGGAUGUCUUUCUGUACUCCUCUGGGCGAAACGGCCGAGCAGCGCAUGCGCAGAUGGCAGGUCACUGACAGCCAUUACAUCAAAUGCAAGCUACUGCCUGGGAUCAGAACUCGGUAUUGGAGGUGGUGAAGGACUGGAACGGAAUUGAUCAAGUGGUUCUUCGUGUGCCACGAGGAGCAUCUGCUCGGGUUAGUUUGCAUGGAGGACAGGUUGUUUCAUGGAAGAAUGAGCGGGGUGAAGAACUCUUGUUCACUAGCAGCAAGGCCAUAUUUAAGCCACCAAAGGCUAUGCGUGGAGGAAUUCCCAUCUGCUUUCCACAGUUCGGAAAUUGUGGAUCACUGGAGCAACAUGGAUUUGCAAGGAACAAAAUGUGGAGCAUCGAUUAUGAUCCUCCACCUCUAAGAAACGAUGAUGGCAAAGAAAAGGUUUCUGUUGACCUUCUGCUUAAGCCAUCUGAAGAUGAUUUGAAGUGCUGGCCACACUGUUAUGAGUUUCGCCUCAGAGUGUCUCUUGCAAUGAAUGGAGUUCUUACCAUGAUAUCACGUGUUAGAAACAUCAACGGGAAACCAUUUAGUUUCUCGUUUGCUUACCAUACAUACUUGUCUGUUUCUGACAUCAGUGAAGUGAGGAUAGAAGGUCUGGAGACACUUGAUUAUCUAGACAAUCUUUGCCAACGCAAACGAUUCACAGAACAAGGAGAUGCUGUAACAUUUGAAUCUGAGGUUGAUCGAAUUUAUCUUGGUUCGCCAAAUGUAAUUGCAGUUCUUGACCAUGAGAAGAAGCGGACUUUUCUAAUAAAAAAGAAAGGACUGCCGGAUGUUGUAGUUUGGAACCCAUGGGAGAAGAAAUCCAAAUCCAUCGCGGAUCUGGGAGAUGAGGAGUACAAGCAGAUGCUGUGCGUGGAUGGUGCUGUGGUCGAGAGACCUAUCACCCUAAAGCCAGGUGAAGAGUGGACAGGGCGCUUGGACAUUUCGUCCAUCCCUUCCACCCACUUCAUUUGAUCAUCUCCAUCACCUGGGAUGCAUGCGAAGGCACACUAUUUUUAAAUGACAGCCUUCUGUACUGUGUUAGAUCAUGGAUGACAGUCUAUAUGCUCAUGCAUGUCCGAAACCUUUAAAUUUUGGCUCUAUGCAGUGUUAAAUAGAACAGCAAAAGCUAACUAUAACUAUAUAUAUAUAUAUAUAAUUCUAAAUCAUUAAAAAAUUGUUUGGGUGAGCUUUGGAGUUCAA